CAUAGUUUCAGUCAGUUCUUCAUCAACUCAUUGAGAUAUGUGGCAUCACAGUACAGUUCAAGAUUCACUUUAAUAUCGCACUGUUCGAGCAUACAAUUCAUUUAUACACCUGAAUUCGAUACCAAGCAAAUUACAAUAUCAGUGCAAGUAGUGCACACCAAAGAUCUGCUGCCAUACAUCCAACUAGACAACCUUCAAGAUCGUGCGUGUAUGAAAUCGAUCGUUUCAGUGUGUCGCGCAGACAACAACUGCCCACGAGGACCGCCAGGGCCUAAGGGUGCACCAGGACCGAAAGGAGCCAACGGUCCGGAUGGCGUUGAUGGCCUACCCGGAGCAGAUGCCGAAGAUGUGGAAAUUCAACGUGGAACAAGCGGAUGUUUCUAUUGCCCGCCGGGUCCAUCGGGCCCACCGGGAGCUGUCGGUAAAACUGGACCACGUGGACUACCCGGUGCACCUGGACGGCCAGGAGCACCAGGCAAAGAUGGCGACCCAGGACCCACUGGAGAGCCAGGACCUCCUGGACCGCCAGGCCCUGACGGUCCACCAGGACCACCUGGACCAAGAGGGAAGGAUGCUGAACAUAUCAUUGGGGUGAAGGGACCUAAAGGACCACGCGGACCCCAGGGACCAAGAGGACCACCUGGAGACAAAGGCCUAGAUGCACCGAUUGGAGAAAAUUUGCUAAAAAUUUCAGGUCCACCCGGGCCAAAGGGACCACCGGGACCCGAUGGUGAACAAGGUGAGCCUGGAAACCGAGGACGGCCAGGCAAAGAUGCUGAGUAUUGCCCGUGUCCAGUUCGUACACCAAAGGCCAAAAAGCUUGCUGCCAAGAAAGCGUAA